CACGCUGGCGAGAUGCGCCCCCCCCCGCAAAAAAAAAAAAAAACACAGACCAGCCCCAUUUCACCACCAAAACCUGUACACGCACACACACACACACACAAGCGCUCGCACACACGGACUUAGGGCUGAGAGUCGAUUCUCCGAUUCCAUUCGUUUGACUCCGAAGCUUCUGCACUAGAUUCCACACAGUGAUGCUGUGCGGACUGCACUGUUGACUGCAUACGUACAAUAUGAGAUGUUUAUAUAUCGCAUUAUAUAUAACUAAAUAUAUAUAAAAAAGAGAGAGGCUUACAAUCGCCGGUGCUAAUCCACCCACCAAAACAGGGAAUAAAGUUUAGCCUGUUGUUCGUUUAACCAGAGUAAGCUCACACAAACAACCAAUCAAUAUCUAACAUAACAGUGUAUUAUAAUGGCUAUAAAACUGUAAAGGCUGCACUUUUUAUCACUUUUUCUGUUGCCAGAUUUUCGCUUAAAAUCUGAAUUCAAGUAGACUCCAAACAGACCCCCCCAUGAGCUCUCUCUCUCUUCAGCUCUGAACAUCCCCUCAUCUCUCUCUCUCUCUCAUUUUUCCAUCUCUCUCCUCGCAUCUCCUCCUCUCUUUCUCUAUAUCUCUCUAUCCCCGUCGUUUUUUGUCAGGGAUAUUUCUCCUUUGAUCUCUCUCCUCCUAUAGCAGCCAUGUGGCGGUCUCUCUUAUCCAGUCAGCGCGCAGCAGUAAGCCCCGCCCUCAGCAGCGCGUGCGCGGCGGUGUAUAAAUAUCGCCGAAGGUCCGCCGGCAUCUCCCGGUCGUGACUAAGCUCAGGGUUGCAGCAUCACAUCCUUUUUUUUCUUUCCAUAACCAACACAACAGACGAAAACCCAUCAGUUCAUUCAUCCGUUCCGUUCUCUUUCAUUUUUUCGCGUUUGUUUUCCCCCCGUUUUUCUUUCCCAAAUUUAGCCGGUUUGCAUGCAUUGUUCGUCUCCAAAAAUGGUUUGCGAGACUGAAAUUGUUGCAGACGAACACGAGUCCAUACCGGGGGCAGAGCGCGAGCCUCUCGCCGUCUCUCCCGCGCGUAUGUGGCCGCCCAGUCCCGGUAAAGGCGCGAGACGCGAACAGGUUUUCAUUCGCGAGUUCGAGCGCGGGGACCACGCGGAGGUGCGGCGCAUUUUCUAUGAGGGGAUCAUGGAGCGGAUACCAAACACUGCUUUCCGGGGGCUCAGACAGCAGCCACACACUCAGCUCCUCUACGCAGUGCUGACAGUAAUGUGCUUUGUUAUGACCAAGUCCGUCAUGCUGACAUGCUGCACACCGCUCAUUCUAAUGGGAGCGCGCUACUACUACAGCAGAACAAUCAUCCUCAACUACCUGGACUACGCAUUCCACACAGAUAUGGCUGAUAUUGAGGCAUACUACAUGAAACCAACAGGUUCUUGUUUCUGGGUUGCGGUUCUGGAAGGCAAGGUGGUGGGCAUUGUAGCGGCACAGGGACGAGAAGAAGACAACACUGUGGAGCUGCGGCGCAUGUCUGUGGACUCUCGUUUCCGUGGGAAAGGCAUCGCGAAGGCACUGGGCCGGAGGGUACUGGAGUUCGCCAUGCUCAACAACUACUCGGCUGUGGUUCUGGGAACGACAGCAGUCAAGAUGGCCGCCCACAAGCUGUACGAAUCGCUGGGUUUCCAGAGGGUGGGCGAGAGCGAGGACUACACCCUGCCCAGAAUGAGCCGCUCGUUCUUCGAGAGGCUCUUCUUCCAGAUCCGUUACAGCCGCUAUCGGCUACAGCUCCACGAAGAGUGAGAGAAUGUGAGAGUGAACGAAAGCAUGAACGGAAGCGUGAACGUGAGAUCGUGUGUGAGAGAGUGUAAACGCAGACAACAACCCUCUAAAUCACCCAAACCCAACCCACUCCUUCUAAACCAACUUAUUUAUUAUUUUUUUAAGAGGUUGUACGUGUUCUUUUUACCACUACUUCUAUUCAUUCUUAAACUGCUUUUUUUAGUUGAUGUUUUUGGAAUUUAGCUAAUGUUUCUUUAUUAUAGUCAUUCUUUUUACCUUUAUCUUCUUCCCACAAAAACAUAGUGUCAACAAUUGAACUCCCUAGUUUAUAUAUAUAUAUCUAUAUGUAGAAUCGAAAUCUUUCUCUUGGUAAGAGAAACUCCCCGUACUAACCAAAUAUACACACACCAGACCAAGGCAAUAGGUCGGUCUGUCAGACUCUCUUUUGCAUCCAUUGUAAGGGCUGAUCUGAUAGCUAGCAUGGACUUUUCUCAAAGAUGGGGGAAGCAAUGGAGGGGUGUAGAGAGGAAAGGUUGAUGGGUACUGUUCAGUCUCAGUCCAGCCUUUCCAAUGUUACACCACUCUUUUAGAAAUACAAAAACACAUGUGAAACUUUUCAAUCUGAAAGGCUGGUGACUCUAGCAGUCAACCAAAUGAUAUCUAACCGAAGCACAGCAAGUCUUUUAUAUAUCUUAUGAAGAAGAAGUGAAAAGAAAUAGUAAAGUCACCACUAACAAAAGUAAUUCAGUAAUAAAGGCAAUCCUGCAGAGCUAGAGCUUCAUGUAGAUUAGCUCUGUAGAAGUUAAUUCUGGUGAUUUUACUGUGAAGAAGCAAAAAGAGUCUAUAUAUAUAUAUACACAUACAUAUAUAUAUAUG